AUGUUGCAAUGCAGACACGCUCAGGAGUUCAGCUUCGGGCCCCGAGCACUGAAGGAUGCGCUGAUCUCCACGGAUCCUGUGCUGCAGGAGCUCUACGCCAAGGCCUUCACCAGCGCCGAGAAGCUCUUCCUCUCAGAAGCGUACAACCCCCACCGGACACUCUUCUGCGGCUUGUUCAUCAGAACGGCCUUCGACUGGCUCCUCAGCCAUCCCGAUGCACCCGAGGACUUCGAAACCUUCUACUAUUCCCUGCUGAGGAGAAAACAGCGCUUCUGUCGCAAGCACAUAUACCUGCAACCCAUAGAUCUGAGCGAAGGCCCUGCUGGGAUCUGCCUGCUGAAUUCCCUCCAGAGUUGCGUUGAAUCUUUCUUCUUUGGCCUCCGAGUCAAAUGCCUUCCUUCUGUCCCAGUGUCAUCCAUCCACUGCUGUUAUCGUAACCAGGAGGAUUCAGACCGAGUGCAACUCCACACAGAUGGAAUCUUGACCUUUCUGAAGAACAACAAGCCAAUGGAUGCCCUCUGUGUCCUGGGACUCACCCUUGUUGACCUCUACCCGUGUGAGACUUGGAGCUUCACUUUUGGCAAGUUCCUGCCAGGCCAAGAAGUGGGUGUAUGCAGUUUUGCCAGGUUUUCAGGUGACUUCUCCCAGGUGGGCUGCACCACGCUGAACCCAUCCCCACGGGGGCAACAGGGGGAGUCUGAAACCACAGAGCGGACCAUGAAUCAGACACUGUUGUUCAACAUGCUGGAAAUGCUUCAGUGUUGCAAGGUCACAUGCCACGAAAUCUGCCACCUGAUUGGCCUGGGCAACUGCCGCUGGCUCCAGUGCAUCAUGCAAGGGGCCCUGAGCUUAGACGAGGUGCUGCUGCGGCCACUGGAGCCCUGCCCGAUUUGCCUCCGGAAGCUGCAGUAUGUGGUGGGCUUCAAACUUAUCGAGCGCUACAGGAAACUCUAUGCCUGGACCCAAAACAUUCUGGCAACCUGGCCCAGCCAAGAAGCGACAGAUCUGUCAGUGACCGAGGACACUUUGCCCUACAGUGCAGACUCCGGGAUGGGUUGUGAGAAUGACUCGGAGGCUGUGACAACCUUUUCAGAGCCCCUGACUCCAGAUACCUGCAGCCAGGCUGUUUCCACGUUGCAGGAGCUGGACCUUGACGAACAAUCGUGUGCUUUGACCGAUGCCUCCAGCCAGGAGAAGCUGGGUGGAGCCCCCAAACCUCUGGACAUUAUUAAGGAGUACAUCCUGUGGCUGGAGAUGUGCAUUGCGGCUCUCGAGAAGGAUGUCACCGAGGAGGAGCUCUUGCAAGUGGACAAGGCCGUGGAUGCGCUGGAGCGGUGGGAAAUGUUCGGCGGGCAGCUGCCAGCCGUCAGAAGGGACCUGCCUUUUAGCAGUGACAGUCCAGGGCUGAGGAAAGUCCUUGGAGACAAAUUCUCCUCCUUGAGAAGGAAACUGAGUUCUAGAAAAACGGCCAGAAUGGAAUCUUCCCCUCAUCGCUGGAGAUGGGAAGAAAGUUAG